UGCAGUGCAUGGGGUGGCCGGUCGUACUGGGUGGAGCCAUCCGCCUAUGGGUGAGGCACGCUGCCCCUCGUGCCCCGGGGCUGCCCUGUCCGAGGGCCCACCCCCGUGGGGCCUGCACGGCCUCCUGCCUGGUCUACGAGGCUCACGGGGAGCCACAGCACGUGCUCCGGUUAGAGGAGCGGACCCUGCCCCCGGUUGGCGAGGGAGAGGUACGGGUUCGGAUGCUCGCGGCUCCCAUCAACCCGGGCGACAUCAACAUGGUGCAGGGUAAAUACGUGGUACAGCCGCCCCUACCUGCAGUGGGGGGGAAUGAGGGUGUGGGGCAGGUGGAGGAAGUUGGGUCAAAGGUCACGACCCUAAAACUGGGCGACUGGGUCCUGCCAUGUGACUCUGGCUUCGGCACAUGGAGGACGAGGGCCGUGUGCCCGGAGGCCGCCCUCCUGCGCGUGCCGCCUGAGCUGCCCCUGCUGAGCGCCGCCACCAUCGGCAUGAACCCUGCGAGCGCCUACCGCAUGCUCCACGACUUUACGAUGCUGAGCCCAGGUGACACGGUCAUUCAGAACGGAGCGAAUAGCGCAGUGGGCCAGGCCGUCAUCCAGAUCGCGGCGUCCCUGGGGCUCGUGAGCAUCAACAUCGUCCGAGACAGGCCGGAGCUGCCCAAGCUGGUGGCAAAGCUGAAGGCCCUGGGCGGAGACUUUGUGUUCAGUGAGGUGGAGCUUCGAAGGCCAGACGUCAGGGAGGUGCUGAAGAUGCUCUGCAAACCGCGACUGGCGUUGAACUGCGUGGGAGGACAGAGUGCCAUGGAGCUCCUUCGCAACCUCGAGCGGCACGGGACUAUGGUGACCUACGGCGGAAUGUCGAUGCAGCCCGUCAUCAUCCCCACGAGCGCGCUCAUCUUCAAUGACAUAAAGAUUGUGGGGUUCUCGGUGACUCGAUGGAAGAGGCUUAAUUCUCAUGAUGGCUCGGCGUACAAGCGAAUGCUGGCCGAGCUGUGCUGCCUGGCUCGCUCGGGAAAGCUGACCGCCCCGGCGUGUUCCGAGGUUCCGUUCCGGGAUUUCCGGGCGGCGCUGGAAGCAGCGGCAAAACCAUUCACUUCGGAAAAGCAGGUCCUCGUGAUGUGACGUCCCACUGGUGCUGACUUGCUCAACGGCGGUUUUCUCGUUCAUUCGUGGGCGCUGAUCAAACGCGGGCAGCCUUGUGGUGUGACACCGGAAGUUAGGGGGAGGUAAUUAAAAUAUAUAAAUCCACAUUUUAUUGUAUCCAUCCACCAGCCUUGCCUCCAUGGUGCUGGUUUACCGCCAUGCACCACCAGGCCUGGUACUUGGUGCAGGCACAAGUGUCAUUUACUUUUAAUUUUACCAGGUAAGGCCCACUGAGACGUAUCGCUAUUUUUCAGAAGCGACCUGGCCACAAAUUGAUGUCUCAACGAAAUGGCAAAAGUCUGUGGCUUGUUGUGCUCCUAGAAGAGCAAUGCAUAACUAUAAGGGUAUUUCCAGUGCCGUCAGGCCAGAUGCGUUCCGUUCCUUGGCUGCCACUGCGUCAUUUUUCUUGACCUACGGCCAUCAUCCCUUUUAGCAACUUGUCCUGUCCAAAGACACUUUUAACAUUUCGAUUUAAAGCUUUCGUGACUGCAGGGAUUCAUAUUCUUAGUUCUUUCGGUAAAGUCACCACGUAGAAGGGAAGUAAUACAAAUAAAACUAUGAAAUUAUCACGACGUUUUGAUUGCAACACAAGCAAUCAUCAUCAGGUGUGAAAACCACAGCAAAAAAAACCCACUUUUAACAGUUUAAAUUGUGUCAGUAACCGAUGCCCUCCUAUACUUGUUUUCCUCUUUCUGUCAAUGUCAUUCUAAACAUGGGUCACUUCAUGCUUCUUUGUCACGCUAUUAUACAUUGUCAGCAUUUUGGAUGUUAUUGUUACGUUCGUAUUUAUAUGAAUUGGCUCCUAUGUUUGUUUUGUACUUGUGGUGAACUUUGUGUAUGAUGAAAAGUAAUAAAGCGUUGAAUUCGUUAUGGAGUUCAGCUAUUAAAAAAUA